AUGUAUUUAGUGAAUAAAAUAGUAAAUAUGUAUAGAUUUAUAAUUAAACGAACAUUAAUUACAAGUCAAAUCCUAAAGCGAAAAACAAAUGAUGAAUUAGAUAUUGUUAAAAGUUACACAAAGACCAAAUCAAAAAAGCAAGGCAAAUAUUCCGAAACUAUUUUACUUCCACAAACUCAAUUUCGUGUACAUUUAAAUGGUAAAAUACGAAUACAGGAAGAUAAAUAUUUAACUGAAAAGUGUGGUUUUUCUGAGUUAUAUAAUUGGCAAAAAAAAAAUCUUUCAGGACCAGAUUUUAUUUUACAUGAUGGACCUCCUUAUGCAAAUGGAAUUCCCCAUAUGGGACAUGCUAUUAAUAAGAUUCUUAAGGAUAUAACAUUAAGAUAUAAGAUUAUGAAUCAAAAUCGAGUUCAUUAUGUACCAGGUUGGGAUUGUCAUGGUUUACCAAUUGAGCUAAAAGCUGUACAUAAUAAUGCUGAAAAUCCCUUAGAAAUUAGGAAGAAAGCUCGUAAAUAUGCUGAAGAAGCUAUUAUUAAACAGAAAAAAGCUUUCCAGUCAUGGGGUGUGACAGCUGACUGGAAUGAAUCUGGAUAUUAUUUUACUAGUCAUUCAUCAUAUAUAAAAAAUCAACUUCGUCAAUUCAUAAAAUUAUAUAAGAAAGGUAUCAUAUUUAGGGAUUUUAUGCCAGUCUAUUGGUCUCCAUCUUCAAGAACAGCAUUAGCUGAAUCCGAAUUAGAAUAUAAUCAGCAACACCAAAGUAAAGCUGUGAUUAUUCGUCUAUAUGUUGAUAAUAUUCCAGUAAACUUAAAUUCAUUUAAAAAUCAUGCAAUAUAUGCAUUAAUAUGGACUACUACACCAUGGAGUUUAGUAGCUAAUCAAGCUAUAACUUUUUCUGCAAAUGCUACAUAUUGUCUUGUUGAAAAUAAUUCAAGAGAUUUAUAUAUUAUUGCACAAGAUUUAUUAAGUACUAUUGAAUUAAAACUUGGUUCUUUGAGAACAUUAGUAUGUUUUAAAGUUUUAUUAGGAAAAGAAUUAGAGAGCAGCACAUACUUCCAUCCUUUCACAAAGCACAAAUGCCCCUUCUUAGCUGCAAAUCAUGUUACUACAAAUUUGGGAACAGGAUUAGUUCAUACUGCUCCUGCACAUGGUCCAGAAGAUUUUUUAGUUGCACUAGAAAAUAAAAUUCAUAUUUUAUCUAUAGUUGACACUGAAGGUCGAUAUACUAAAGAAGCUGGUUCACAAUUUUGUGGAUUACAAGUAUUAACAGAAGGAGUUGAUAAAGUGAUAGAUCUUUUGAAUCAAGAUAUUUUGCAUGUAGAAACAUUAACACAUAGUUAUCCAUAUGAUUGGCGAACGAAAAAACCAGUUCUUAUUCGUGCGAGUAAUCAAUGGUUCAUUGAUAUAAAUUCUCUUAAGGAAAAAAUUAUUGAUAAUAUCAAAAAUAUAGAUAUAUAUCCUAAAUGUAAUCAUACAUCUUUUAUGAAUGCUUUACUUGCUGGAAUAAAAAAUCGACCAUAUUGGUGUAUUUCGCGACAACGUUCUUGGGGAACACCUAUACCUGUAGUGUAUAGUAAAACAACGGGUAAAGCAUUUACAAAUGAAGAAAUAGUCGAACGAUUAUGCAAUUCCAUAGACAAAUACGGUCCUGAUUGUUGGUGGGAAUAUUCAAUAAAAGAUUUAAUAGGAUUAGAUAUGAUUGAAAAAUUGAAUAUCGCAGUAGAUGAUAUAGAAAAAGGAAAUGAUAUUAUGGAUAUUUGGUUUGAUAGUGGAAUUUCAUGGUCAAUUCUACCAAAUGGAAAAGCAAAUCUUUAUUUAGAAGGCUAUGAUCAAUUCAAUGGUUGGUUUCAAUCAUCCUUAAUAACAUCUAUAGCUUUACAGGAAUGUCCAUCUUAUAGUGCUAUAUUUGUACAUGGAUUUGCAGUUGAUGAAAAUUGUUUAAAAAUGUCAAAAUCAAUAGGAAAUGUGAUAAAUCCGGAAGAAAUUUUACAGGGUGGAUCUAAUUUGGAAAAAAAUCCAAUAUAUGGUGUUGAUGUUUUGAGAUGGUGGGUAGCUAAUCAUGGCUCUCAACAUACACAAAUACCAGUUUCAAGAAAUAUAUUUGAUGGAUGUAAACAAAGCGUUUAUAAACUUCGUUUAAUAUUACGUUUUCUCUUAGGUGCUUUACAUCCUUAUUACGAAGAUAUUAAUUGUAAACCUCAAUAUCGAAUUAUUGACAAAUAUAUGUUAUAUUUAUUAUUUUGUUAUAAUGAACAGAUACAGCAACAUUACAAUAAUUAUGAUUAUCAUCAUGCAAGUAAAAUGAUUAUGAACUUUAUAACAAAUGUAUCGAGUCUUUACUGUACUUUAAUCAAAGAUAGACUUUAUUGUGAUGAAGCAACAUCUUCAAUACGUAUUGCAGUCAUACAAGUUAUAAAAGAAAUUUUAAAUGUUCUUAUAAGAUCUAUUGCUCCUAUUCUUCCACACUUAGCAGAAGAAGCAUGGCUAUAUUAUCCUAAAAAUUGUGCAUAUAUACCAUUACAUUGUACUCAAUACAAUGUAUUAAAUUCUUGGAAUGAUCCAAGUAUUGUACAGCACAUAAAUGUGGCACUUCGAUUGAGAUAUAACAUUUUAAAAAUUGCUAAUAAAACUACAUGGAAAUUGCAUGGUAUUAUAGAUGCUAGUAAGGAAGAUUUUAUUUCGCUUUGUCUUUUUCAUGAUGAACGACACUCAUCAAUAUCUGAAUUAUGCGAAAUAUUACAACUGUCAUCGGUAACAUUGAUUGAAAACAAUACAAUCAAUGAAACACGAAUUCAAGUAUCUGAAAUUCAAGAAACGUUAUGUGAACGAUGUAGAAGAUAUCCUGAAACGCAAAAAAAUGGUUUAUGUACACGUUGUGCUUAUGUUCUUUCUAAAAAUAAAUCAAUGCAGACUGUAAUUGUAUAAUAAAGUUAAUUCUAAUAUUUUAUCGAAA